GGGGGCAAGUAACUCCAACCGUGCUCGUCCUCUCCCAAAACGGCGUUGGUUCUUUUCUUGAAAUGAACCUUGGAGGAGGGAAGGGCCGGGAUUUAAAAGGCAGGAAUUCCUGUCAUGUGCUACAGCGGAGCUGCCGUAGCAACAGCAGCAGCAGCACCAGCACCAGCAGCAGCAGCGAGUCAUUGAGUGAGACUGCACCAUUUUCUUCUCACCCUGCAUAGAGGUGUGGUUGGAAGCGGCAGUAAACUGCACCCCCACCCCCAGCAGUUCCUCAGAGGUGGCCUCUUCCUGGCUCCAGUCGGAAGACACAGACUGUCUGGAGGAGUCCCCAAAGACUGUUCCAAUUGGUGAUGUGUGUCUAAGGAAGGCUUUUUCAACUAGUAGGAUGCUUGCCGGCACUUGCGGCCACCCUACUGCUCAAGAGCUCCGAGUCUAGUGCUCCGCCUUCCCCGGGGACCGAGUGUGGGUGCACACCUAUGCCUGUGUGUGUGCAGGUGGGCGCUGCUGGGGGGCUUGGCCUGGGACCUUGGCACGUUCUGGUGAAUUAUGGGUGCUGCAGAGGCUGGAGCAAGAUUAUGACCUAGCUCGGGGGCGGAGUGGAUUAUUUCGUGAGUGCUCUGGCUGCCAGCCAUUGCCCUGUUGGGCAAAAUCACAUCUCCAUCUAGCUCUAAAAUCACCUGGCUUGCUGGGGAGUGGAAACCGAGCUGCGGUAACUGCUUCUGCUGAUUUUCUCUGCAAAAUGGCUCACGCUGCUGCUUCUAUUAAAAAAGUUCGAGAGGCCGAACUGGAUGAAAAGGAAAAAAACCUUGAGAGAGAGAGAAAAAAACAACGGAAAAUCCCCAGGGAACGUAUGGAACGGAAAAGAAAGUCUGACAGCAAUGCAAGCUUCCUCCGUGCUGCCAGAGCAGGCAACCUGGACAAAGUAGUGGAAUAUCUCAAGGGGGGCAUAGACAUCAAUACCUGCAAUCAGAAUGGACUCAAUGCUCUCCACCUGGCUGCCAAGGAGGGUCACGUGGGCCUGGUUCAGGAGCUGCUGGGAAGAGGAUCCUCUGUGGAUUCUGCCACCAAGAAGGGAAACACGGCCCUUCACAUUGCGUCUCUGGCCGGACAAGCAGAAGUUGUCAAAGUCCUUGUCAAGGAAGGAGCCAAUAUUAACGCCCAGUCUCAGAAUGGCUUCACUCCUUUAUACAUGGCUGCCCAGGAGAACCACAUUGAUGUUGUAAAAUAUCUGCUUGAAAAUGGAGCUAAUCAGAGCACUGCUACUGAGGAUGGCUUCACGCCACUCGCGGUGGCACUCCAGCAAGGACACAACCAGGCAGUGGCCAUCCUCUUAGAGAAUGAUACCAAAGGGAAAGUGAGGCUGCCAGCUCUGCAUAUUGCAGCUAGGAAAGAUGACACCAAAUCCGCUGCCCUCCUGCUUCAGAACGAUCACAACGCUGACGUACAAUCCAAGAUGAUGGUGAAUAGGACAACUGAGAGUGGUUUUACCCCUUUGCACAUUGCCGCCCACUAUGGAAAUGUCAACGUGGCAACUCUUCUUCUAAAUCGGGGAGCUGCUGUGGACUUUACAGCUAGGAAUGGAAUCACUCCUCUGCAUGUGGCUUCCAAAAGGGGAAACACAAACAUGGUGAAGCUCUUACUGGAUCGUGGUGGUCAGAUCGAUGCCAAAACUAGGGAUGGUUUGACACCCCUUCACUGUGCUGCAAGGAGUGGGCAUGACCAAGUGGUAGAGCUUCUGCUGGAACGGGGUGCUCCCUUGCUGGCAAGGACUAAGAAUGGGCUGUCUCCACUUCACAUGGCUGCACAGGGGGACCACGUGGAAUGUGUGAAGCACCUGUUACAGCACAAGGCGCCUGUUGAUGAUGUCACCCUAGACUACCUGACAGCCCUCCAUGUUGCUGCACACUGUGGCCACUACCGUGUGACCAAACUCCUUCUGGACAAGAGAGCCAAUCCAAACGCCAGAGCCCUGAAUGGUUUUACUCCACUGCACAUUGCCUGCAAGAAAAACCGCAUCAAAGUCAUGGAACUGCUGGUGAAAUAUGGGGCUUCAAUUCAAGCUAUAACAGAGUCUGGCCUCACACCAAUACAUGUGGCUGCCUUCAUGGGCCACUUGAACAUUGUCCUCCUUCUGCUGCAGAACGGAGCCUCUCCAGAUGUCACUAACAUUCGUGGGGAGACUGCAUUGCACAUGGCAGCCCGGGCAGGGCAGGUUGAAGUGGUCCGAUGCCUACUGAGAAAUGGUGCCCUUGUCGAUGCCAGAGCCAGGGAGGAACAGACACCUUUGCACAUUGCCUCUCGCCUGGGUAAGACAGAAAUUGUCCAGCUGCUUCUACAACAUAUGGCUCAUCCAGAUGCAGCCACGACAAAUGGGUACACACCCUUGCACAUCUCUGCCAGAGAAGGCCAGGUAGAUGUGGCAUCGGUCCUCCUAGAAGCAGGAGCAGCCCACUCCUUAGCUACCAAGAAGGGUUUUACUCCCCUGCAUGUAGCAGCGAAGUAUGGAAGCCUGGAUGUGGCAAAACUUCUCUUGCAACGCCGAGCUGCCGCAGAUUCUGCAGGGAAGAAUGGCCUUACCCCGCUCCAUGUUGCUGCUCAUUAUGACAACCAGAAGGUGGCACUGCUGUUACUGGAGAAGGGUGCUUCCCCUCAUGCCACAGCCAAGAAUGGCUAUACUCCUUUACAUAUUGCUGCCAAGAAGAAUCAAAUGCAGAUAGCUUCCACACUCCUGAACUAUGGAGCAGAGACUAACAUUGUAACAAAACAAGGAGUAACCCCACUCCACCUGGCCUCACAGGAGGGGCACACGGAUAUGGUCACAUUGCUUCUGGAUAAGGGAGCCAAUAUCCACAUGUCAACCAAGAGUGGACUCACGUCUUUACACCUUGCAGCCCAGGAAGACAAAGUGAAUGUUGCUGAAAUUCUUACUAAGCAUGGGGCUGACCAGGAUGCUCACACAAAGCUUGGUUACACUCCUUUAAUUGUGGCCUGUCACUAUGGAAAUGUGAAAAUGGUCAACUUUCUUCUGAAGCAGGGUGCAAAUGUCAAUGCAAAAACAAAGAACGGCUACACGCCUCUGCACCAGGCCGCCCAGCAGGGCCACACGCACAUCAUCAACGUCCUGCUGCAGCACGGGGCCAAGCCCAACGCCACCACCGCGAAUGGCAACACCGCCUUGGCGAUUGCUAAGCGUCUGGGCUACAUCUCCGUGGUCGACACCCUGAAGGUUGUAACAGAGGAGGUCACCACCACCACCACGACUAUCACUGAAAAACACAAGCUAAAUGUUCCUGAGACGAUGACUGAGGUUCUUGAUGUUUCUGAUGAAGAAGCCCUUAAACAGUUUGGUGACAACUUUAUUGAUGGGGAAGCUCUUAGUGAUUCAGGUGACGACACAAUGACAGGUGAUGGUGGAGAAUACCUUCGGCCCGAGGAUCUGAAAGAACUAGGUGACGACUCGCUACCCAGCAGUCAGUUCCUGGAUGGCAUGAAUUACCUGCGGUACAGCUUGGAGGGAGCCCGCUCCGACAGUACCAUGCCCAGCCUCCGAUCCUUCAGUUCCGACAGGUCUCACACCCUGAGCCAUGCCUCUUACCUGAGGGACAGUGCCAUGAUUGACGACACAGUUGUCAUCCCCAGUCACCAGGUGUCAACUCUAGCCAAGGAGGCAGAAAGGAAUUCUUACCGUCUCAGCUGGGGCACUGAGAACUUAGACAACGUGGCUCUUUCUUCCAGCCCUAUUCAUUCAGGCCGCUCCUCUCCAUGUCUUGAUCGUGACAACAGCAGUUUCCUGGUUAGUUUUAUGGUGGAUGCCCGAGGUGGUGCUAUGCGAGGAUGCAGACACAACGGGCUCCGUAUCAUUAUUCCACCUCGGAAAUGUACUGCCCCAACUCGAGUCACCUGCCGUCUGGUCAAACGCCACAGACUGGCGACAAUGCCGCCAAUGGUGGAAGGAGAAGGCCUGGCCAGUCGCCUGAUCGAAGUUGGACCUUCUGGUGCUCAGUUCCUUGGUAAACUUCACCUGCCAACGGCUCCUCCCCCACUUAAUGAGGGAGAAAGUUUGGUCAGCCGCAUCCUUCAGCUGGGGCCUCCUGGAACCAAAUUCCUUGGGCCUGUGAUCGUGGAGAUCCCCCAUUUUGCUGCCCUUCGAGGAAAGGAGCGGGAACUGGUGGUCCUGCGCAGUGAGAACGGGGACAGCUGGAAAGAGCAUUACUGUGAAUACACUGAAGAUGAGCUGAAUGAAAUCCUUAAUGGCAUGGAUGAAGUGCUGGAUAGCCCAGAAGACCUAGAAAAGAAGCGAAUCUGCCGCAUCAUCACCCGUGACUUCCCACAGUACUUUGCGGUGGUAUCGCGCAUCAAACAGGACAGCAACCUGAUUGGCCCAGAGGGAGGCGUGCUGAGCAGCACCGUGGUGCCGCAGGUGCAGGCCGUCUUCCCAGAGGGGGCGCUGACCAAGAGGAUCCGUGUGGGCCUACAGGCUCAACCUAUGCACAGUGAGCUGGUUAAGAAGAUUCUAGGCAACAAAGCUACCUUCAGCCCUAUAGUCACUUUGGAACCUAGAAGAAGAAAAUUUCACAAGCCAAUUACCAUGACCAUUCCUGUCCCCAAAGCUUCAAGUGAUGUCAUGUUGAAUGGUUUUGGGGGAGAUGCACCAACCUUACGAUUACUAUGCAGCAUAACAGGUGGAACCACUCCUGCACAAUGGGAAGAUAUUACAGGAACUACGCCCUUAACAUUUGUCAAUGAAUGUGUUUCCUUUACAACCAAUGUGUCUGCCAGGUUCUGGCUGAUAGAUUGUCGACAAAUCCAGGAAUCUGUUACCUUUGCAUCACAAGUGUAUAGGGAAAUUAUCUGUGUACCGUAUAUGGCCAAAUUUGUCGUGUUUGCCAAAUCACAUGACCCCAUUGAAGCCAGGUUGAGAUGUUUCUGCAUGACUGAUGAUAAAGUGGAUAAGACCCUAGAACAACAAGAAAACUUUGCUGAGGUGGCCAGAAGCAGGGAUGUAGAGGUACUAGAAGGAAAACCCAUCUAUGUUGAUUGUUUUGGCAACCUGGUGCCAUUAACCAAGAGUGGCCAACAUCAUAUCUUCAGUUUUUUUGCCUUCAAAGAAAACCGACUUCCUCUCUUUGUCAAGGUACGCGACACGACUCAGGAACCUUGCGGGCGACUAUCAUUUAUGAAAGAGCCAAAAUCCACAAGAGGCCUGGUGCAUCAAGCUAUUUGCAACUUAAACAUCACCCUGCCAAUUUAUACAAAGGAAUCAGAGUCAGAUCAAGAACAGGAAGAAGAGAUCGAUAUGACAUCAGAAAAAAAUGAUGAGACAGAAUCUACAGAAACAUCUGUCCUGAAAAGUCACCUGGUUAAUGAAGUUCCUGUCCUAGCCAGUCCGGACUUGCUCUCUGAAGUUUCUGAGAUGAAACAAGAUUUGAUCAAAAUGACCGCCAUCUUGACCACAGAUGUAUCUGAUAGGGCAGGUUCUAUCAAAGUGAAGGAGCUGGUGAAGGCUGCUGAGGAAGAGCCAGGAGAGCCUUUUGAAAUUGUUGAAAGAGUUAAAGAGGACUUAGAGAAAGUGAAUGAAAUCCUGAGAAGUGGAACCUGCGCCAGAGAUGAAGGCAGUGUGCCGAGGUCUCAGUCGGAGAGAGAAUUAGAGGAAGAGGAGUGGGUGAUUGUCAGUGAUGAGGAAAUAGAGGAGGCUAAGCAAAAAGCACCUUUAGAAAUCACGGAACACCCAUGCGUAGAAGUUAGAAUAGAUAAAGAGCGCAACAUCAAAGCAGAGAAAGACUCAACGGGGCUAGUGAACUACCUUACUGAGGAUCUAAAUUCCUAUGUGUCUCCUCAUGAAAAGCCACCACAGACAGUUCAAGGGAUAGCAGGGGAGAAACGUGACGCUCUGGCUACUGGCAGGAGCUCUGAAAAUGAAAGGAAAGAUGCACCCCCACAUGACACACAGAGUGCCCAGAAACAGCACAAACCAAGCCUGGGAAUAAAGAAGCCAGUGAGAAGGAAAUUAAAAGAAAAACAGAAACAAAAAGAGGAAAGUGUACAAGGUAGUGCAGAAAAAAGUGAACUUAAAAAAUGUAGUUCAGAAGAGUCAUUAGAUGAAGAUGCAGGUUUAGCCCCUGAACCCCUCCCCACUGUAAAGGCCACUUCACCUUUGAUAGAAGAGACUCCCAUUGGUUCCAUAAAGGACAAAGUAAAGGCCCUUCAGAAACGAGUGGAAGAUGAACAAAAAGGUCGAAGCAAGUUGCCUGUCAGAGUCAAAGGCAAAGAGGAUGUGCCAAAAAAGAUAACCCACAGGACACAUCCAGCUGCAUCACCCUCUCUGAAGUCAGAGAGGCACACACCGGCAUCACCCUCCUCUAAAACAGAAAGACACUCUUCUCUUUCCUCCUCUACAAAAACUGAGAAGCACCCUCCGGUAUCACCAUCAAGUAAAGCUGAGAAACACUCACCUGUGUCACCCUCUGCAAAAACUGAAAGGCACUCCCCUGUGUCUUCAAAUAAAACCGAGAAGCACUUGCCUGUGUCACCCUCGACAAAAACUGAAAGGCACUCCCCUGUGUCAUCUACAAAAACAGAAAGACACCCACCUGUUUCACCUUCAGGUAAAAUGGACAAACGCCCACCUAUUUCUCCCUCUGGGAGAAUGGAGAAACAUGCACCAGUAUCACCUGGGAGAACAGAAAAGCGCUUGCCUGUGUCACCAGCUGGACGAAUGGAAAAGCAUCCACCUGUAUCAGCCUCCGGGAAAACUGAGAAACACUUGCCUGUGUCGCCUUCUGGGAAAACAGAAAAGCAACCACCUGUCUCCCCCACCUCAAAAACAGAACGAAUCGAGGAGACAAUGUCUGUUCGGGAGUUGAUGAAAGCUUUCCAGUCAGGUCAGGACCCCUCUAAACACAAGACUGGACUGUUUGAGCACAAAUCAGCGAAGCAAAAGCAGCCACAAGAGAAAGGCAAAGCUCGGGUAGAAAAAGAAAAGGGGCAGGUGCUAAACCACAGAGAAACACAGAAAACAGAGAGUCAGACAAUCAAACGAGGCCAGAGAUUUGUGGUAACAGGAGUUUCCGAAUCCAAGAGAGCAGUCCGUGCUUCCUCUGUAGGGUUUAAGAGAGAAGAUCUAGUUGUAGAGAAGGAGAAAGCCCUUAGCCACAAAAGACCUGAACCUGUUCAGUCAGCACCAGAAGAAGAAAGCCAUAAAGAGAGUAACGUUCCCAAAGAAAAGCUGACUGAUGAACAGGGAGACAUGGACCUCCAGAUCAGCCCAGAUAGGAAAACUUCCACUGACUUUUCUGACGUCAUUAAGCAAGAAUUGGAAGACAAUGACAAAUACCAACAAUUCCGAAGGACUGAGGAGACAGAAGAAGCACAGCUUCACUUAGAUCAGGUACUCACUAGUCCUUUCAACACGACAUUUCCAUUAGAUUACAUGAAAGAUGAAUUUCUUCCAGCUCUGUCUUUACAAAGUGGUGCUUUGGAUGGCAGUUCUGAGAGCCUUAAGCCUGAGGGAGUGGCAGGUUCUCCGUGUGGCAGCCUGAUGGAAGGGACCCCUCAGAUUAGUUCAGAAGAAAGCUAUAAGCACGAGGGCCUCGCAGAGACCCCUGAGACAAGCCCAGAAAGCCUUUCUUUCUCACCAAAGAAAAGUGAGGAGCAAAUUGGGGAAAGAAGCGAAACAACCAAGUUAGAAACACCAACAGCAGCUCUUUCAGAAAAAGACCAUCCCUCAAUCAAAGACGUCACUGAUGGUUCUGAAGAACAAGGUGCUGUGGUCGCUGAAGGCACAGAGCCCUCAGAUUCCCUUGGUAGCUGUAGUGUCUUACUAGCAAAAGAAACACCCAAAGGAGUGACUGAGGAAGCAUCCUCUGAUGAGGGUCAACUUACGAAUGUUGGUUCUGCCCACAAGACGCACACUGAUUCUGAAGCUCAGAAAUCCACAACCACUGAGCCCUCAGAUGAGACAAAGGCCUCUCCACUGCCUGAUGCUUUUGUAAACACAGGCACAGGAACUGAAUCAAAGACCCAGGGAGUUGCCAGAAGUCCCCAAGGGUUAGAACUUGCACUCCCCAGCCGAGACAGUGAGGUCCUCAGCCCUGGUGCCGAUGAAUCAUUUGCAGUGAGCCACAGAGACUCCCUGGAAGCCAGCCCUGUGCUGGAGGAUAACUCUUCACACAAAACUCCGGAUUCUCUGGAGCCGAGUCCUCUGAAAGAAUCCCCUUGCCGCGACUCUCUAGAAAGCAGCCCGGUAGAACCAAAGACGAAGGCUGGAGUUCUCCCAAGUCACUUCCCUCUUCCUGCAGCCGUAGCCAAAACAGAACUCAUUACAGAGGUGGCCUCUGUGCGGUCCCGGCUGCUCCGAGACCCAGACGGCAGUGCCGAGGAUGACAGUCUUGAGCAGACAUCACUGGUAGAGAGCUCAGGGAAGAGCCCCCUCUCUCCAGACACUCCCAGCUCGGAAGAAAUUAGCUAUGAGGUCACACCCAAAGCCACAGAUGCAAGCACACCCAAGCCAGCUGUAAUUCAUGAAUGUGCAGAGGAGGAUGACUUGGAAAAUGGGGACAAAAAGAGAUUCACACCUGAAGAGGAAAUGUUUAAAAUGGUAACCAAAAUCAAAACGUUUGACGAACUUGAACAAGAAGCAAAGCAGAAAAGGGACUACAAGAAAGAACCCAAGCAAGAAGAAUCUUCUUCAUCCUCUGACCCAGAUGCUGACUGUUCAGCAGAUGUGGAUGAACCAAAACAUAUGGCAACUGUAGAGGAUGAAAGCGAUGUCCCUGUGGUAGUAACAUCAGAGAGCAGAAAAGCUUCUUCCUCCUCUGAGAGUGAACCUGAGUUGGCACAGCUGAAAAAUGGUGGUGACACAGGCCUCUUACCAGAGCCAGUUAUUCGAGUACAACCUCCUUCUCCACUUCCAUCCAGUGUAGACUCCAAUUCCAGUCCUGAAGAAGUACAGUUUCAACCCAUUGUUUCCAAACAAUAUACUUUCAAAAUGAAUGAGGAUACUCAGGAAGAGUGUGGUAAAUCAGAAGAAGAAAAAGACUGUGAAUCCUAUGUACCUGAAGAGAGUCAUAGUAUUUCUACUAAUGGCCCAGAUAGGUCUUAUGAUGAUCUGAACAGAGAUGCUGAUCAACCAGAAGUCUGUGAGGGCCAUGGGUGUGAGACCAGGAGUCCUAGCAGCCCAGUCACUCCCGUAUCUUCAGGUCUCUACAGCUCCCCUAGGGAGGAUAUCAAUGAGCAGCUAGCUAUCCAUGAGGAAUCAAUACCUCUGCAAGACACUGAUGAAAAAGACACAGAAGGAGAAGAGCUUGAUGCUUCUCAAGUGGCAUCUCUACAAGUAGAUUGCCCCAGUGAAAGCUCUUCAUCUUUGUCCUCCUCCUUGCCUCACUGUCCAGCAUCUGAAGGACAACAAUUAGAUGAAGACAUAUCCUUUCUAUCUCCUGCUACAAAAAUAGAGGAUAUCAAAACUGACCAAGCUUUUGAGAGCUUACCGAAUGACUUUUCCAUGCAAGACUCAUCAAUUACUACUCAAACAGAUAUAUUGUCCAUGGAUGUUCCAGUGUCUGACCCUGCUGAGCCUGAUGAAAUCUAUGAUCCUCAAAUAAUAAGCCCUUAUGAAAAUGUUCCUUCCCAAUCUUUUUUCUCCAGUGAAGAAAGCAAAACUCAAACAAAUGCGGGAUACACAAGUUUUCAGUCUUCGGAAGUGCAUUCUGUUACCAUCACAUCCUCUGUUGAAGACACGGUAGUAAUAAGCUCCUCCAGUACAACUGUUUCAAUCCAAGAAUCUAAUUUUGAGCACCAAAACAUGGAAGAAGAAUCCAAACAAGAAAGCACCUUGUGGGAACAGCGAUCAGAUCAAGCCCCUUCAUCUUUAGAGCCUUCUGUACCAAAUACAUCAGCAGUUGAUACUGACCAAAUCAGCAAAGUCAUCAUCACAAAAACAGACGUGGAUUCUGAUUCCUGGAGUGAAAUCCGUGAGGAUGAUGAAGCCUUUGAGGCUAGAGUGAAAGAGGAGGAACAAAAGAUAUUUGGUUUGAUGGUAGACAGACAAUCACAGGGUACUACCCCUGACACCACUCCUGCAAGGACCCCAACUGAAGAGGGGACUCCGACCAGCGAGCAAAACCCAUUUCUCUUUCAGGAAGGAAAAUUGUUUGAGAUGACCCGAAGUGGCGCCAUUGACAUGACCAAAAGGUCCUAUGCCGAUGAAAGUUUUCACUUUUUCCAAAUUGGGCAAGAAUCCAGGGAAGAGACUCUCUCUGAAGACAUGAAGGAAGGGAGUCCUGGGGCUGAGCUCCCACAGCGGGAGACAUCAGCUGAGUCACUAGCUCUCUCAGAAUCAAAAGAAACAAUGAGUGAUGAAGCAGACUUACUUCCAGAUGACCUGAGUGAGGAAGUAGAGGAAAAGUCUGCUUCAGAUGCUCAACUCAACACCCACAUGGGGAAUUCAACCUCCCCUGAAACAUCAACAGAAGAGGCUCCUUCUGAAGGUGCUGAGGACCUUCCCACCACACAGAUGGGUGAUAUGCCUCCUAAGUCUAGUGUGAAAAAGCCAUCUUGCCCUGACUCCCCUGAACCAGUUGUACACGUUCAGUUAGAUUUUUCCACAGUUACCAGGUCCUUGCAUUCAGAUCAGGAUGAUGAUUCUCCUGAUUCUUCCCCAGAGGAACAGAAAUCAGUAAUUGAAAUCCCUACUGCACCCAUGGAGAAUGUGCCUUCUACUGAAAACAAAUCCAAAAUUCCUGUAAGGACUACACCCACAUCAACCCCAGCACCUCCAUCUGUGGAGAAUGAGAGUUCCCUUUCUGAGGAUUUUUUACCCAGCCUGGAUGAGGAAAGUAAAGAGGAUGAAACAAAACCAAAGUCUAAAAUCCCCGUGAAGGCACCUGUCCAAAGAGUAGAGCAGCAGCUUUCACAUCUAGAUUCCUCUCUCCAGAAAACAGUGGCUCCUCAGGGUCAGGACAUGACAAGCAGAACACCAGAUAGUAGAAGCAAAUCUGAAUCUGAUGCCAGUGCUUUGGACUCAGAGACCAAAUGUCUAGUAAAAACUACAAGUUACACUGAGACAGAAACAGAGAACAGAGAGAGGGCAGAGGAGCUGGAGUUAGAAUCAGAAGAGGGGGCCACCAGACCAAAGAUAUUUACAUCCCGAUUGCCAGUUAAGAGCAAAAGCAACACAUCUUCCUGCAAGGGGGCUGUGAGCCCUAUGAAAGAAAGUAAGGAGCAUUUCUUUGACCUUUACAGGAACUCCAUAGAAUUCUUUGAGGAGAUUAGUGAUGAGGCUUCCAAGUUAGUGGAUAGACUUACACAGUCAGAAAGGGAGCAAGAAUUAGUUUCUGAUGAUGAAAGUAGUAGUGCCCUGGAAGUUUCAGUAAUUGAAAAUCUGCCACCUGUUGAGACCGAGCAUUCAAUUCCUGAGGACAUCUUUGACACAAGGCCUAUUUGGGAUGAGUCCAUUGAGACUCUGAUUGAACGCAUCCCUGAUGAAAAUGGCCAUGACCAUGCUGAAGAUCAACAGGAUGAGCAGGAACGGAUCGAGGAAAGGCUGGCUUAUAUUGCUGAUCAUCUUGGCUUCAGCUGGACAGAAUUAGCAAGAGAACUGGAUUUCACUGAGGAGCAGAUUCAUCAAAUCCGAAUUGAGAACCCUAACUCCCUGCAGGACCAGAGCCAUGCUCUCUUGAAGUACUGGCUGGAAAGGGAUGGGAGGCAGGCUACAGAUACCAGUCUCAUUGAAUGCCUCACUAAGAUCAACCGAAUGGAUAUUGUUCAUCUCAUGGAGGCCAGCACAGAGCCUCUCCAGGAGCGCAUCAGUCAUAGCUAUGCAGAAAUUGAACAGACAAUUGCACUGGAUCAUAGUGAAGGGUUCUCAGCCCUUCAGGAGGACCUAUGCACCACACAGCACAAGCAGAAAGAGGAGCGAGUUGCUUCUAAAGAGAGCGAGUCCUGCGAGCACCCUCCCAUUGUCUCAGAGGAAGACAUUUCUGUCGGUUAUUCCACUUUUCAGGAUUGCAUCCCCAAAGUAGAGGGGGACAGCUCAGCAACAGAUCUCUUUCCCCAGACUCACAAGGAGCAAGCCCAACAGGAUUUCUCAGGGAAAAUGCAAGAUCGGCCUGAAGAGUCAUCUCUCGAGUGUCAGCAGGAGUACUUUGUGACAACCCCAGGGACGGAAGUGUCAGAGACUCAAAAGGCCACGGCUGUAUCUGGCUCUCCCAGCAAGACCCCUGAGGAAAUUAAGACCCCUCCUGAGGAGGAGAGGCCAUACCUCCAGACCCCAACAUCUAGUGAGCAGGGAGACUCUCCCAUCAUACAAGAACCUGAAGAAGCCCCAGAACAUGCGGAGGAGAGUUCUCAGAAAACCAGCCUUGUGAUUGUGGAGUCUGCUAAUAACCAGCCCCAGGAUCUUGAAAGGCUCAAUGAAGAUGAAGCUUUCCAUAAGGAGCUAACAGAGGAAUUAGGUGAGCUGGAGGCCAGCUCAGAUGAGGAGGCGAUGGUAACUACCAGGGUUGUCCGCCGACGAGUGAUUAUUCAGGGAGAUGAUAUGCCUGACAUACCCCCGGAAACAGUCACAGAAGAAGAAUACAUCGAUGAGCAUGGACACACUGUGGUCAAGAAGGUCACUAGGAAAGUCAUUAGGCGGUAUGUGUCCUCUGAUGGCACAGAGAAAGAGGAGGUUACGAUGCAGGGAACGCCCCAGGGACCCAUCAGCAUUGAGGAAGGAGAUGGCUAUUCCAAAGUCAUGAAACGCAUUGUAUUAAAGAGUGACACCGAACAGUCAGAGGUAACUUUGUCUGAGCCCAGCAUUUUGUCCAGUACCUCACAAUUUCAGGCUGAACCAGUGGAAGGCCGUAGAGUCAGCAAAGUUGUUAAAACAACUAUGGUACAUGGAGAGAGGAUGGAGAAACAUCUGGGUGAUUCUAGUUUAGCCACUGAUCUUCCUUCAGCCAAAGAUGACUUUGAAGAGGCUUUGACUUACACAGGUAGCCACAUGAAAGUGCACUUCCCCAGUUUAGUAGAGAAUGAAAUCCUGAAAGAGGAUGGAUCAGUCAUUAAAAGGACAACUAUGAGUAAAGCCAGUACACAGAAGAGGGCUGUGGUGAAGGACCAGCAUGGAAAACGCAUUUACUUGGAGCACCUGGAGGAUGUACCAGAAGCACUAGACCAAGAUGACCUCCAGCAUGACCUCCAGCAACUCCUUCGGCAUUUCUGCAAGGAGGACUCGAAGCAAGAGGCCAAAUGAGGGGCUGCCCAGUCCUCACACCAGAAACCAUGCAUUCAUUCAAUAUGCAACUUCCCGUUUCAUUAGCAGAGUGACCUCCCCAGCCUAAUGGGAUACCCUGACACUUCCACUUUUAGCAAAUACACACCGCAUUCUGUUUCAGUUUUUCCCCGUCCUCUUUCACUGUAAGCUGAUUUGUGACCAAAGAGAGCAUCCUUCAGUCUGGAUGCUGUAUCCACUACUUUGUUGUGUCUGUGCUAAACUGGGAACUGGCCACCUCCGUCGUUCUUUGCUCCUAUACAAGCUUCACGAAAAUCCAUCGAUCAGAAGAACUUCACCUACAGACCUCUUCAAGUGAUGAUGUCCGGGAGUCCUUCCGAGGGAUACCCUCGUACCAUGUAUAUAGCUCAAAUGCUCAGAUGAACAACAUAUUAAAAUUAAAACCACUGCCUAUCAUAACUACACUGGGCAUCAUGGAAUAAAAGGCCUCUAGAAAUUGCUGAACAAUGGUUAAUUACCAUAUUGCUAACACAAUCGAGUGAUAAUACAGUUGGACUGCAAAAGCAGCCCUUCAGACCUACCACGUCCUUAGAACUUCCAGAGUAGCCGUUGCUCCUAGUAAAAGAUGGUUAAUAACCUCAAGGACUAUCCUAACCAAGCACUUACUGCUGGUGCUGGCCAGCCUUGGUUUAUGAUUCCCCAAGGGCCACACGAGGGAGGGGAGAAGGGGAGCAGAAGGCAAAAGGAAAGAAACAGUGAGGUAUUCAGUGGCUAGCCACCACAUCCUGUGGCAUUCUAGCAUCUUCAGGUCUUUUAGAUUUUGGACACAUUGGCAGGGUAUUUUAAAAGCUAUAACUACUGUAGUUUUCCAGUUUUCAUUGCUGCUUUAGCAAACCACGCUGUCUUAUUGGUGGUACUUUCUCCUGGCCACUGCACUGUAGAUAAUCCAUUGGAAACAAGAUUUACCCCCUACGCAAAAGGUUAAACUCCUUCACCCUGUUGGAGUGGUUUUCUUUCCCCCCCUCCGGGUUUAUAUCUUCUCUAAUACCUGCAUGUAGCAUUUAAAAAUCAAAACCACAGUCAAAACUCUUCUAAUCACACUGAUGGUUUUCAUUCUUUUGACCCUGAGCAAGCACUUUUCACUCUUCUGCUGGGUCUGUUUUUUAGCUUGCAGACAAGGUUGAGAAAUCCUUACAAAUUUGGUUUUGGUUAAAAUUUUUGAUUUAUUUAUUUGAAAUCCAAACUCCCUUGGAAACUCUUAAGUGCAUUUGUGCACUUUUUUUGUUUGUUUCAGAGAAGGAACUUUAAUCAUCUGAGUGAUUUCCAUGUCCUAUUCCUUAUUCCUCUAGUGGUUGAAGCUGUGUAGCAUUUUAACAUAUAUAUAUAUUCACAAAUAUAUUCAUAUAAACAGUAUACAUUUCGAAUCAGUUAUUUGUUAAAGAAAAGUAUAUUCAAUGAAGAUGAAAUUUAAAAAAAAAAGAGUCUAUCCUCCAGGGAUUGAACAUUUUCCAAUUCUAUCUGGUCUUUUCCUGUUGUGCAAAAAUGACUCAUUGCUCCGAAAGUCAAAAACAAAUGUGACAAACAAUGGCACUUCAUCAUUUCAAGUAAUGUUGCCAAGGGAGAAAAUUUCCUGGGAGGGAGGUUUCCCACAAGCCAAAUCUCUUAAAGCCUCAAACGCUAGCACUUUCUGGCAGUUGGAUAGGAAAUAAAGCUUUCUUUGGCAGCCAAAAUGAGAGAGGCUCAAUGGUGAAACUUUUUGAGACACGCCAUGGCCUUCUUGUCAAAACCUUCACUGGAGCUCAAGAAAAGCAUUUCUGUUGUGUUCUUUGCAGUGCAGAUGACGUCUGUGUAACAACAUAAUGGUUAUUCACCUUUUUUUGAUUUUUGAUUUUUGCUGUGUAAUCAAAAAACUUGAAUACUGUGAGAAGAAGUGAAUUUUCAGUUGAUGAAUCAGCAUCUUGUUCCCAUGGUGAUAACACUAAUUGAAUAUAUCUAUGAGGGCAUGUAUUAGUUACUGGAAAAAAAAAUACAACACUAACAAUACAUAGCUGCAAUGUGUACAAUGGCUGAUUUAAUUAAAUAAAAUGUACAAGUGUUAAAUGUGG